AUGACUAAUUGGAUCCUUGGGGAUAAAUUCGACACGAUCUAUCCGCAUAAAGGCUGUAUCAAGGCUUUGUGGGAAACUCGUUGGAAGUUUGCUUGCAAAAAAGGAGUUUAUCCUUUUCAUGAUGGCUGCUAUGAAGAUUUUGAGCCUAUAUUUCGAAAGCUAAUCUCGGAGAAUAUCAAUGACGCCAGUACGGACGAAUAUACAUCAACAUUCUUUCCCACAGCAUCGGAGCUAGAGUCCCGAGCCUCAGAAGCCAUGGAUGCUGGCCACACCCAUCAUGCAAUCGACCUCUUCCGCCGCGCAGCCGUAGUCUAUCGGAUUUCUCGCUUUCCCUACGUUGACAUCGCCCAGCCAGACUCCAUCAAGCGAACAGCGUUCGACCUUCAGAAAAAGGUCUAUCUCAAGUCCGCUUCCCAAUGGAAUCCGCCAAUCAAGGAAGUUACUAUCCCGCACACCCACCGUUCUGGAAAUGAUGGCCCUCAAAUCCCCAUCUACAUUCGUUGGCCUAGCAAUGCUCGACCCGAGGCCCCAGUCCCCGUCAUCUUCAUCAUGACCGGACUAGACGGAUACAGACCGGAUAACAGCCAACGAACCCACGAGAUCACCGCCCGCGGAUGGGCGGUUGUCAUAGCCGAAAUCCCGGGAACAGCGGACUGUCCCGCCGAUCCUGCGGAUCCUACCUCACCAGAUCGAGUAUGGGAUAGCAUCUUUGCAUACAUGGCUACUCAGCCAAUGCUGGACAUCAAUCAAGUUGUGCUUUGGGGGCUCAGUGCGGGAGGCUUUUAUGCUAUCCGUGCCGCUCAUACACAUGCAGCUCGACUACGUGGAGCCAUUGCGCAUGGGGCGGGGUGUCAUUAUUUCCUGGAUCAGGAAUGGCUUAGUCGCGUGGAUGAUCAUGAGUACCCUUUCUCAAUCAUGCCGGGGUGGGCGAAGAAAUACGGCUACGACGACGUUCAGCUCUUUAGGCAGGAAGCAAGAGAGAAAUUCUCCCUUCUCGAGACGGGGAUUCUCGACCGCCCUAGUUGCAGGCUACUCUUGUUGAAUGGUGUCGAUGAUGGUGUUACUCCGAUCGAGGAUUCUCUGACUCUCUUCAACCAUGGGAGUCCCAAGGAGGGAAGGUUCUUCGAAGGCCUACCGCAUAUGGGGUACCCCGACAGCUUGCCGGUCGCAUACAAAUGGCUAGAAGAUCUCCUUCCCAGCGAGUCAAGACAGAGUAACUAG